CCAGCGACCAGACCGACAGGCAGAACUUCUGUACUUCCUCAAAGCCUUUCGGAUGAUACACAGCUAUUUUUUUCCGCUAUGAGGAGGCCAUCGUUGGUUAGAACGUCACACGAGUUGAGGAGCGCUGGGUUCCUGCACCGCGCCUCGCCCGCUGCGCAGCUCUGUGUUCGCUUUUAGCUUUUACGCGCUGUGUAACACCGCGCCGCAAUGAUUAGCAAAGUGAAAAAUGCCAUGUCCUCGCUGGUGGGCGGCAUAGUUCCACACGGCCACCACCACCACCAUCAUCAUCCUCAGCAGCAGCAGCAGAGCGGAGCGGAUUCUUUGCCUCCGCGCUUCCCUUACGCGCGGCCCGAGUUCCUGGAGCUGAGCGCUGAGUUGGUGCAGUAUGCGGCUGAACACGCAUCCCGGCCCGUCAUUACACCACGGAGAGACGCCAAGAUGCCCUGGCGCACAGGAUACGCAGAGGUCGUAAAUGCAGGAAAAAGUAUGCUGAAUGAGGACCAGGCCUCGUGUGACGUGCUAUACGUGAAAAAGCUCACUAGCAAACAGCAACGUGCCUCUGUGCUGCUAGAGGACAAUGGGGACACCACGGGUAUCCCUUUGCAUUUCUGGGGUGUAUUUGAUGGUCACGCCGGCUCUGGAGCUGCUCUCAUGGCCUCCAAAAUCCUCCAUCGUCUCAUCCGAGACCGUUUGUGUGAAGUAGCUCAUCUUUUGGAGAAUCAGAGCAACCCACCACCCAUCUGCCUCGCUAAGAAUGGGAGUCCCUAUCAGGCGGAGCAAAAGAAGGGAUCUUGCAUGGAUGCAGAAGACCAGGAUGGGCCUGUAGAUCCCAUUGCUCGGUUCCACAUGGAGAAGGCUGUCAGUUUGGAAAGUCUGGUAAUGGGAAUCAUAGAGAAUGCCUUCAAACAGAUGGACGAUCUCAUUGAAAAGGAGAAGGUAUCUUACAGCAUUUCUGGAGGAUGUUGUGCCUUGACUGCUGUGCAUUUGUUAGGGAAACUCUACGUAGCAAAUGCAGGUGACAGCAGAGCUAUAAUUGUUCGCAACGAUGAGAUUAUUCCCAUGUCUAACGAGUUCACACCAGAGAGUGAGAGACAGCGGCUACAGUACCUGGGAUUUCUUAAACCAGAACUGCUUGGGAAUGAAUUCACACACAUUGAGUUCCCCCGACGCAUUCAGCACAAUGAGCUAGGCAAGAAGAUGCUAUUUAGAGACCAUACAAUGACGGGGUGGGCAUAUAAGACAAUUGUUGAAGAUGACCUCAAGUUCCCCCUCAUUUAUGGAGAGGGGAAAAAGGCCAGAGUCAUGGCUACGAUUGGAGUAACACGUGGUUUAGGAGAUCAUGAUCUGAAAGUGUACAACUCAAACAUUCAUAUCAAACCUUUCCUAUCCUGCUGUCCAGAGGUGAAAGUAUACAAUAUUUCUGAGCAUAAGCAUGGUACUGAUGACGUCCUCAUUAUGGGAACGGAUGGAUUGUGGGAUGUGACUUCUGACAGAGAAGUAGCAGAUGCAGUGAAUAAAUUUCUAUCCACCUGUGAGCCUAAUGACCCAAUGAGGUAUACUUUGGCUGCUCAGGAUCUCCUAAUGAGGUCACGUGGCGUUCUGAAAGAGCGGGGUUGGAGGCUGCCAAAUGACAGACUGGGAUCAGGCGAUGACAUAACAGUGUUUGUCAUCCCACUGGCUGGGGAAGAGUUAGCGACAUGACAAAGCAGAUCACUUAUUCUCUGGCAAGCAAAUCAGGACACGGCGCUAAUUCACGCCAGCUGAGGAAGGGGUGUAAUACCAAAAAAAUCCAUUCUCAUCUCAGCUGAAUGGAAUUAUGUAUGCAUUGCUCCUCUUCCUCCGACUUUUCAGAAGAAUCAUCUCGACUCUUACCUCUUCUUAUUACGCCUGGGAUGACAUCAUCAUUAAGUGCCAUUCUUCUCACUCAACAUUUCU